AUGCCACCGCCUGACGCGGCCACAGGCGCCCUCAGCACACGCGUCUGCGCCUUCAGGCUGCACCCCAAUGUCGUCCGCAACUUCUUCGUGCACCACAACCGCGUCAAGGACAGUAGCUUCUUGUCGUCGGAGGAUGUCUCGAGGAUGUCUGGGUGCGUCAUCGGGAUGAAGAGCAGGCGGACGGUUGAAAUCGUGGACAGCCUGGACCUCCUGCUCGACCCCGUCUCAGGAACCCUCUGCCGCGCCUUGCUGGAGAAGAAGGAGCACUACAAGAAGCGCUUUCCUGGCUCCGUCGUCCUAGGGUGGUACUCUUCUGGGACUCGGAGCGCCGCCAUGCAGGACAUCGACAUCCAAAUCCACAAGUUGAUGGAUGCUAAGGGAAGAGCUUUUUAUCUUCUAUUAGAUCCUGCAAUCAAGCCCCCGCAGAUGGAUCUCCGUGUAUGUAUUUAUGACUCUGUGUUGUGCGCUACCGAUGGGAGUCCUCAGCUCAACCUUGUCAAAUUUAACUGUACCAUUGAGGCUAUCUCCACCCUUGGUUUCAUUAAGGUUGAUAACAAAUCUAUUGCCUGGGAUAGUGUUGUUGGUCCCGGUAAGGAUCUGGAAAAUCUCAUCCCAAAAUUCAAUUUUAUACGACCGUUGAUCGUUCCGGACGCACAACUUAAGUAUGUUUUUGAGAACAAACUUAAACUCAUUUGUUGGCUUGAUGCACGCAUUGUUCGUGAGAUGACGUGGAGACUAAAGUAUGUCCUGGGUGAAUUUGUACCUGAAGAAAAGGACAAUCUAACUAAUGAAUAUCAUCUUCCGCUGAGCAAGGAAUUGGAGAAGAAGGUAAAAGCAUGUGGAUUCAGUGUCUCACCACGAACGGUAGAUGCACCUCCGCUACACCUACAAUCGGAAACAUACCACUACUUACUGUCGAUCGUGGGUGUAGCGGGGGUGCAUCUACCUGGGAUUGACAGAGAGUUUAUAACCACUAUUGGUUACAUGUACAUACUAGAAUUAACUUCAGAUAGUCUCUUUGUGUUCUUGCACCAUAAAUUUAAUGACUGCUUUUAUGGGCGUCACAUGUCUGACCUCGAGUUUGCAAAAGCUAUUGCAGACCGUCUCCAUUUCUCCGAGGAAAUUAUACCAAACUAUGGCGAGUAUAGCAAACAAGAUAUACUGAGAUUCACCGAAAUUUUUUUGGCAGCUCCUGAUUUGAAAAAUGAUGCUAUGUCACAUCUCAAGCUAAUGGAGGCAGCAGCUAGUGAAGAUCCUUUGGCGGUUCCUGACAAGAAAAAUUCAUGUCUCAGAAAAGAGGAAGAUGAUAGACCCAAGAAGCCAGGGACAAGGAAGAGGAGAGCAGCUGAAAGUGCGUUCAAGAUGCAUGCUUCCAAUAAGAAGGCAAAGGUCGCAACACCGCCGAGCCAGAAGACAGGUGACAACAAGGGGGCUGUCCAUGUGGCGACCUUGCACCCGGCAAAGAAGAUGGGCAAGACCCUUGCAAGUAGGGCUGGACAGAAAGCUUGGGGCUCAAGGCUUUCGAGGCACAGCUGGGUUUGGCUCGGGCUCGGCCCGGCUCGAAGGUCCAACAAGCCAAGCGCAAGCCUCUGA